AGGGGCUCGCCACUCCCGCGAGCAUCAGCCAUGUGUCUGCUCAAGUGCGAUUAACACCGACUUGCCAAGCCCCGCUCCAUACACCCCCCAGGGCCAUUUGGAGCAUGCACGUGCCCGCGCCCCGUGUUUACACAGCGGCGCCUUCGCGCGGGGCCUUUUCGUGGAUGGCGCUAGCAAAUGAGCAGGGAGAGGUGGGCUCCGCCGCCGGCUAUAAAACCCUCCAGGCCCAGAGCGAACAGGGCUAGACGAGCAGCCGUGUACCGGCAGAAGAUGGACGCCGGCCGCGGGACGGGGUGCGCCUGUGUCCGCCCGUCCCCGGCGGCACUGUCCCCGCAGGUGUACUCACCCCUUGCCACCUCCCCCCAGUGCGGGGCGCGGACUAGCUCAGCCCUAACGGUCCUGCCCUUGCCUCGCAGCUCAGCGCCCUUCUGGAGGCCAUGGGUGGCCGCGCCGGGCGAGGCGGCAAGGUGGAGCGGUACCGACAUCGGUUCUGCCGCGCCUCACAGCCCCUGCGGGCUGGCGCAACCCUCCCGAAAGCUGGCGCAGUACACGCACCCCGUCAGACUAUUUUGGCCCAAAUCAAGGUGCUAUGAUUACUUAUAUCAGGAAGCUGAAGCACUUCUGAAAAACUUUCCAGUUCAAGCUACAAUUUCCUUUUAUGAAGAUUCGGAUAGCGAAGAUGAUGAACUGGAACAAGAUUCAAGAACAGCAUCAGAUUGCUGAUUGUGGGAAAGGCCAACACAACUUCUAAGACUUAAUUUAAACCUAAUAUAAAAAUGUAUUAUAGUAUUUUUAAAGAUAAUUUAUUUGUAUGUAAGUUAUUCUUAAUAAAACUGAAAUGUAAUUUUA